GCACGUCUAUAAUCACUCGCCACGGCCCCGACCUAUCGGUUCUUCUUGGCUGGCGCGGACAGUACGUAGCUGAUAGGCAGCCAAAGUGGAUUCAUGGCGGCAGCGCCUGUAUUUGGAUUCUGCCUCCAUUAUCGCUCAAAGGGCGUGGCUCAGCAGCGGUGGGAUAUUUUGGUGGACUCGAGCUUUCGAACUUGGAGGGGGUAUUCUCUUGUCUCGCCUCCCAAAUGUGGAAAGAGGAGAACUUUGGUUUAUGCAGUCAACCAAGAUGCUGAGAAAUCAUUCAAGAAGACUCUAGAAGUUGAUAGACUAAUAGAUACUCUAAGAGUUUCCAAUCCCGGUGAACUAGAACAGCUUGUUGUUGAAAAUGUGCUGGCAUUUAACGAGGGUUUCUGGAUCCGGCUUGCAGCUAGAACUGAAACUUGUAAAUCAGAUGAUGACAAAAAAGAUUAUGAGGAACUGGCCGCAUCAGUGAUGAGCAUAGUUGACCGAUUGGUCCAUAAAGCAAAUGAGAAAAUAGAGUCCGCAACAGAUAUUUUGAAGGCUAUCCUAAGACCUGUAGUUGAUGGAGUGCGAGAGGUUUCGUGGCCACCUCAAAAUCCAGAAGCACUCAAACUAAUGGAAGAAGAAGUACAUAAAAGGGAGCGAGAGGGACAGCUAGAUGAAGGAUUCCUUGCUGAGGUUAAUGCACAAUUGCGACAAGCCACAGAAGAUGGAGAUAAGCCAGGUCUUGCGGCUAUGUUGCGAAAGGUCCUGCAGCUUUAUGCUUCCAAAUUUCUUGGUAAGCGGAGUUAUGCAUACAAAGGAGGUGAGGUUUUGAAGGCAGAGAAGUUCCUUGAAUCUAUAAUAGAAGCUCCUGAAGAGAGCUGGAACAAGUUGUUGAUUGAAGGACUUAAUCUGGUUUCGCCAGAGGAACUCUAUACUGUCAUCAAAAAGCGAAUUGAACGAGUCUUGAUUCGAACGGAAGGAGGCUCCUACCAGCAGCGUAUCCUCACUGAGUACCUUAAGGGAAUCCAGUUAAGAACAGAGGGACUUGUACAAGCCUUGAAGGGCUCACAGCAAUGACUUGCUUCAUAUGAAAAUCAACCAAUUUGUAGUUUCACUUGCCCUUGAAGUCAUAUUUAAGGUACUGCUAAAUAUGAUGCAUCCAUACAAUGGGGAAAAACAGCAAAAAUGCAGUGGUCUAGGAAUGCAACUUGGUCCUGCUCCAAGAUUUUUUGUUAAUCUUCUUCAGUGGAUUUCAUUCAUGUUUUACAGUUAAGGUAAUCCCCACUGCAAGCACUCUCUUUAAGAGCAUCUCCAACGGAACUCUAAACGCUUGAAUGCCGUCGCCCCGGAGCUCCAGCCGAACGGUAAAACUUCUGCUAUUUCCUUGCGGGUGAACAGUGGGACGCCAAUAUUGACGUUGCGCUGUUCAUCAUCGCUAUUUUUCUGCCUCUACCGAACUUGCCAAGAAACGCGGGAAAGAAGAGAAAGACCGUUACCUUCGCAAAAUGGAGUUCGAUUGGAGAUGAAUCGCGGCAUUUUUUAGUUUCACAGCAUUUUGGAGUGGAAAAUGAGAUUUUCCGUUGGAGAUGGUCUAAGGCUCUCUGAAUGUUUGUCACCUGAAAUAAAGCUUUCAAAACAAAGAAAUGAAGCAAAUACAUUUUGUGAGCUUGAAUUGUAGCCAUACAUUUGUAGAUGAAUUUGGGUAAGAGAAGUACUGGUCUGGAAUGGAAGAUGAUCAAAGCUGCAGCAGCAUUCAAAUUGCAAUCAUUUCUUAGUCAUUUGUACAGAAAUAAUUUCAGCCUUUCUGUGUACAAUGUCCAACUUUCUUAAAUCUAUUGUGGUAUGUUUGCUUUAAUCAUGAAGCUAAAGUUGAUAUGUUUGCAAAA